AUGCGUCUCGUCAAUACCGCACGACUCGAGCUCGAAGAGUUCCUGGGACCCGAUCCGCCUCGAUAUGCAAUCCUCUCGCACUGUUGGGGCGAAGAUGAGGUCUCUUAUCAGGACUUUAUCCUUGGUCACAAGCGGGACACACUGGGCUACAAGAAGAUCACAGACUGCUGUAGACUCGCUCAUGGUUAUGGAAUAGAGUGGGCGUGGAUCGACACUUGCUGUAUCGACAAGACCAGCAGUGCUGAGCUCUCCGAGGCCAUCAAUUCCAUGUUCGCGUGGUACGAACGUUCCAGCGUCUGUUUCGUUUUCCUCCCGGAGAUGAUUGUUCUACAGAGCACGCGAGAGGAAGACCGUGAUGAAACGACUCAAGCUAAAUGCAAGAUUGCUGGACACGACGAUGUGGCCGUUUCUGAUGGGCAAAUGACACCUUCUGCUACAUAUUGUCCUUUCUGCUUUUCGGAAAGUCGCUGGUUCACACGAGGUUGGACUUUACAAGAGCUCCUAGCUCCCAAACUGACUCUCCUCCUGGAUCAAACCCUCACCCCGAUCGGUACCAAGGGUGACCUUUUGCCCGCGAUUUUUAGGGCGACAGGCAUCGAUUUUGUUUACUUGGCAUCGUCUCCGAAGGAGCUGCGUCGCGCAAGCGUCGCUCGUCGAAUGAGCUGGGCAUCGUCGAGGAAGACGACACGCGUGGAAGACAACGCCUACUGUCUUCUGGGCCUCUUCGACGUCAACAUGGCGCUUCUAUACGGUGAAGGGGAGAAGGCCUUUCUGCGACUGCAACAGCACAUCCUCGCAAAUAUUCCAGACGACAGCCUGUUCGCCUGGACUACAAACGAUGGCGGCGGAAUCGGUGGCAUCUUCGCCAGACACCCGUCAGAAUUUGCUCGCUCACGGAAUGUCGUACCCAUUCCACGCACCAUCUCUCUGCCACCGCACCGGAGUACCAGCUUAGGGGUUGAAUUCUACUUUCCAACGUCGUGGGAAUGUGAUACCAAUGUCACCAGUGAUGAUCUGUUCAGCUGCGAAAGCAUCGGGUUGCGUUUGGCCUGUCGACAAGAUGACGCGCAACACCAUUCCAACGAGGUCCUUGCCAUGCAGUUGCUUCGAGUCCGCUUUGGCCAAUCUACCACCUGCUACAGAUUCAACAUGUCCGCGCACGUUACCUCUGGCGAUGUUAACAAGAGCCGGGACUGGAGGCGGGCAUGGCCCUUGAUCGUGUCCGGGGUCGGCAAAGAGUACAUAUCUUCGAAUGGCGACUUCAGGACGGACUUACUUGAGGUCUUGAGUCCGACAACUAGCCAGUACAUGCAGAGAGAGUCCUGGGACGCGCGGAUAGUCUGGUAUCGAGAGCGCAUGCUCUACGCGCUUCCCGUCGUGAUAGCCCUAUACGAACGGGCCUUCUUGGUGCAUACCUCGCUGGGGGGCCAGAACUCCAGCAUCAGAGCCGCGCUCGUGACCUGGUUCCUGCUCACGGUCGGAUUCCUCGGAGCCGAAUCCAAGCAGGUGUAUAUGUUCUGGGUCGCCGUUGCAGUGGUUGUGGUGUCGUUCCCUACCGUGCUGGCGGUUCUGAUUUGCUCUCUCGUGGGAAUGGUGCUCACGUCGGAUGCUGUGCAGACUUGGAGGCACCCGCCACUUGCCAUCGAUAUGACGGCUGACACGACCCCAGGGGAGGUCUUCGAACAAGCUCUGAGACUGGUCUCGCAAGGUGGCAAGGUUCGCAUGAAGAAGGAGGUAUUGACACACUCUCGCGAUUACAUCGACGCCUUCGUCGCCUUACUGGGCCAGCAGCGACGGUGA